CUUUUUCUUCAUUUUCUUUACAUUCUUUUCACCUCAUAUCAAAUAAAAAUGCAAACUUUUUUCUUUCAAUCGUGUUUUUCAUUGCGAAAAUGAAAACCCAAAUUCCGAAUGAUUGUAGUUUUGCUAUUUGAUUGAAUACCCAUUUCACUGUGUUUGUCAAUGUUGUUUUAUUUUUAUUUUUUUUUGUUUUUUUUUGUCUUAAUGUUUUUUUAUUUAUUAUGAGACUGUUGGGGCAUGUGUGCUGAGUCAGUCUUUGUGUCACUCAGUGUCAUGAAGUUAUUGUUUCUUUAGGUUUUGGUUUUUUUUUUUUUAAAUGUUAUUUUGUGCUGUUGCAACUUUUUGUUUUCAUUUGUCAUGGUCUUGGAAGGUUCUAUUCUAUUAGGUGUUAAAAUUUGAUGUGAGUGAAUGUAAUUGAUUUGUUUACCUAAUAAAUUGAAUGCUUAAGUUGUUUGCAUUAUUUAUGUAUAUCAAUCGGGUGCUAUAUUCAAUUCAUUAAGGAUGGAUGCACACAGCUCUCAUCACGGUAGAAUUAUUGAAAUCAGUAGAGAUAUUCCAGAUGCAGGAAGGAAGAUUUGUGGCGAAGCACCAUGUGGAUUCUCAGAUGCUGGAGCCAUCUCCAAGGAUUCAAAAGAACGUUCAACUUCCAUGCGCAAGCUUUUGACAGCAGUGAUCCUUUGCGUUAUUUUUAUGGCUGUUGAAUUGGUUGGUGGCGUCAAAGCUAACAGUCUUGCAAUAUUGACCGAUGCAGCGCAUCUUCUUUCAGACGUUGCAGCGUUUGCCAUCUCCUUAUUCUCUUUGUGGGCUGCGGGAUGGGAAGCUAAUCCUCGUCAGUCAUAUGGAUUCUUUAGAAUAGAGAUUCUGGGCGCUUUGGUUUCUAUCCAAUUAAUAUGGCUGCUUGCUGGGAUCAUUGUGUACGAAGCCAUUGAUAGACUCGUUGCCGGUCCUCAAACUGUUGAUGGUUUUUUAAUGUUUCUAGUCGCUGCGUUUGGUCUUGUGGUUAACAUCAUUAUGGCUGUGUUAUUAGGUCAUGAUCACGGCCACGGUCACGAUCACGGCCACGGUCACAGCCACGGUCUUGGUCAUAGUCAUGGUCAUGAUCAUGGUCAUAGUCAUAGUCAUGGUCAUGGUCAUGAUCAUGAUCAUGGUCAUAGUCAUGGUCAUGAUCACGGUCAUAGUCAUAGUCAUGGUCACGAUCACGGACUUUCGGUUUCUACACAUGAUCAUACAAAAGACGAGCACCAUCACGAUCAUUCUCAUGAUCACAAAGGGAUUAAUGAACCACUUCUCGGUGAAUCAGAAAACAAAUCCAAGAAGAAGAAGCAGCGGAACAUAAACGUGCAGGGCGCUUAUCUCCAUGUACUCGGAGACUCUAUCCAAAGCGUUGGUGUAAUGAUUGGAGGAGCAGUGAUAUGGUAUAAGCCAGAAUGGAAAAUAGUAGAUUUAAUUUGCACUCUAAUCUUUUCCGCAAUUGUUUUGGGGACAACCAUCAACAUGCUCCGAAACAUUUUGGAAGUUUUGAUGGAAAGCACGCCUCGCGAAAUAGACGCCACUCAGCUUGAAAAGGGACUAUUGGAGAUGGAAGAAGUAAUUGCUGUUCAUGAGCUGCACAUUUGGGCCAUUACAGUUGGAAAAGUUUUGUUAGCAUGUCAUGUUAAAAUAAACCGCGAUGCCGACGCAGACCUGGUGCUGGACAAGGUUGUUGAUUACAUCAGAAGGGUUUAUAACAUCAGUCAUGUAACUAUACAAAUAGAGCGCUAGUUUUAUUUUUGUUGCUAUAUUGAUGAUUGUGAUGAGAGGGGUUUGGUUAAGACUAGUUGCCAUUGAGUUUCUGGAAUUAAACUCUCUCUAUGAUAAUAAUACUUUCAUACUCUUAUUUCAAGCAGUUUUAGAGUGUGAAUUUUUUUGACUAAAUUUUGGAAUGUGAAUUUCAGCAUAUUGCAUAUUGGCAAA